UAUUUCGCCUGUUGAUGUCACCCUUAGCCUACUCCUCCAGCAUUCGGAGUCCCCCAGCACACACACACACGCAGAUGGAUAACUUCGCCGUUCCUCCUGGGUUUCCUUUAUGAUCCCGGGAUCUCCCACUUUCCUCAUCAGACUUCAUCUAGCAACACAUGCGAACAGACCGCUCCUCUGCUCUCCUUUCUACCAGCGACACAGCAGCCUGCUACCACCCCGCACCACGACACCUCAACCAGGACUCUUCACCUUCAUCCUUCGCAGACUGGCUACGCACGACGAAGUAAUCGAGUGAUUUUCCUUCCAAACGGAUUUCCACCGAAAAGCUCGACAAGUGCAAGUACCAAGACAAGGAUUUCUGGGCUAUAUCGACUAAAGCCGCCGACUUCAAAACGUUUUUUUUUUUCACCGCUGUUGAUCCGUCUGUCUCAGCCGUGCCAUAAUGUCCGAGGUGCUGCCUUAUAGCGAGGGGAAAAUGAGCGGCUAUGGGGACACCGAGGCCAGUCAGAUAUCCUUUAGCUGCGGGCUACAGGACACCAAUUCGUUCUUCGGGGCGUCGCAAGCGAAAAGACCCCCAAAGCUGGGACAGAUCGGCAGAGCCAAGAGAGUGGUCAUCGAAGAUGACCGAAUAGACGACGUCCUAAAGGGGAUGGCAGACAAGUCGUCACCUGGUGUUUAAAGGUGAACGACGCCUUGCAAACUUUUUAUUUUGAUCAGCGAUUUAAAGCACCUGUCGGUUGUGCAUGUUCGAGGAUUGUAGGAGAAACGAUGGCACGAAGCGAAGACAAGGGGAAGGAAAGGAAAGGAAAGAAGUAUGUGAAGAUUGGACGAGAAAGCAGAGGAAGACACCAGAAAAGACAGAUUUAUCAUGGGGUUGCUGGCAAUUCUCCAAACGAAAAGCCAUUUUAACUUGUGCUGCGCGGCGUGAUGUUGAGAUGGCGGACCCUGGCUCUGAUGGAUGAACUUGCCAUUACUUCACAACCAUCUUCCAAAAGCGCCGUAAAGCAACACAAAACUACAAGUGGUGGCUGAAUCUCAUUUCAAGCUCUAUUUCUGUAGUUGUAUACAAUAGCCUUCCUAAGCUCAAAGACCAUAGUCCCCUUACACGCUUGGCAUUGUUGAUAACAAAUCGGCGACAUCGCAUUCAAGGGAGCUGUCCUUUUCAGCACUGGUCGAACGUAGAGAAUGCAUUCCGAUUGCUGCUAAAGCUUUUAAAUACUGACCAAACAAACACUGUCCAGUAACUAGUAUAGACCCAUUGUAUGUACAAAAGAAAAUAUAUAUAAAUACACACACACACACACACACAACCAAGGAUGGUGCAAUGUUAAUAUUUCCUUUCCUAGGCCUGUAUUCAUCUAGGCUCCAUCUGUAAAGAAUAAGCUAGUAAUGCAUAGUCCCCAGGUUCAAAUGAAUUAAAAUGAUACAUGGUGUUUCAUUACCCCCCCCCCACGGUUAACGAUGCAGGUCGGCGCCUUCAUGAAACCUACCGACACCAAUACAUAGCUGUUUCACUUUUUACAGACUCCAAAUAUCGAAGGAGGCGAGAUCGGCAAAUUAUGUUUGGAAAAAUAGUCAUGAAAUUGAUGGGGAAAUGUUUUAUUUAUUUAUAUUUCGCAAUUAUUUGUGUUUUUUUGUCUUCGAUAAUUAAAAAGUCAUUCUAUUUUCUCCAUCUAUUUGCAUGAACUUUCGCUCUGGUGCCAACACAGGUGCCACCACUCUUACCCUGGCACGCUUCUUUUGAACUAAAUUCAUAUUUGUAUUUUUAUAUCUAAACAAUUGUAUUGAGAAAUGUGCUAGUCUACCAUCUUACAAUUCAUCAACACAAUUGUGUGUACUUUGGAAAGGAUAUGCAGAUUGAGACCAUAUAGGCCUAACGGAGAAUCGAAGAGAUUUGGGUUUUGACUUUUCUCAUUCAAUAUCAUUUUUUAAAGACUAACUGAAUGUGUUUGGGGUUUUGCACACAUCAAUGUUAACCUAUUAUUGAGAAAUUGUAUCCUGUGACUUGAGCUUCGUUGAUGAAUUUGUUAGAAAAUAGCCUUUUUUUUUGUAUAUUGCACUGUUUACGAGGAUCCUCAAAUAACACGUUGGAUUUUGACAGAUUUUGGACAUCAAAGUUGUUUUUUUAUUUAGUUUAUCUUGCACCAUUCUUCUAAGGAAACUCAAUAUGGUUUGUUGUGCAUGAAACCUUAAUAUUUCCAUUAAUGAAACAUUGUUUUACGAAGCAAAAAAAGCAACAGUGUCAUGACAUUCUAAGAAUGAGUCAUUGAAUAUUAUGAUGCCAUUUUCACUGUAUUUGGUGAACAAAUAAAUGGUGAAAG